AUGUGUCUUAUCGUCUUGUAAAGUUUCCGUUUAGUUUGCUGUACAAAUGCAGACAUGAAUCACAUACUGGCUGAUUUAUGUGUUCCUUACUUGAUUCUACAUUUGGCAGCAUCCGCAGUCGCCAUUUCUGGUCCUCUUUGCUUCUCAUGUAGAGAUUAUCCAGAAAUAGACUCGUGUCAAAAUGUCAAGCAAUGUGACCUUGACAAUGUGUGCUACAUUAGGAAAAAUCAAGGGGUCUAUGAUAGUGGAUGUAUGAACGAGCGGCAAUGUCAGGCUGUAGUCAAGGUCAGUCAAUUGAUUUUUGGACGAAAAAGAGGCUUAUCUGUAGGGACAGAAACUGAAUGUUACAUAAAGUGUUGCAAUGGAGACCUCUGUAACAGUGGACCGUGUCCUAAUAUGACGACUGCUAUCCACACCACUACGACAACAACAAGAGGUGCAUAUAUCCCCACUACGACAACAAGAAGAGCAUCGGCAGUCGCCAUUUCCGGUCCUCUUUGCUUCAGAUGUAGAGCUCAAAACAUAGACUCGUGUCGAGAUAUUCGGCAAUGUGACCUUGGCCAAGUGUGCUACAUCAGGAACAAUCAAGGUGUCUAUGAAAGUGGAUGUAUGGGACUGCUGCAAUGUCACGCCGUUAUAGCCUUUUUGGGCCGAAAACGAGGCUUAGCUGUAGGGACAGAGACUGAAUGUUACAUGAAGUGUUGCGAUGAAGACCGCUGUAACAGUGGACCGUGUCCUAAUACAACGACUACUACAAGCACCACCACCACAACAACAACAGCGUGGCGACCCUGUGACUCCUCCCCAUGCAUCCACGGCCGUUGCUUUAACGACCAACUUGCCCACUCGUACCACUGCCAAUGCGAUUCGGGCUACCAGGGACGUCAUUGUGACAUCGGCUUUCCUACUACCACGGGAACUACAACUUAAUAACAUUCCGAGUGUCAUCCAACCAAACAAAUUUGAAAUAUAUUCAUCUACCAAUGAACCCUGGCUUUAUAUUUGUUGAUUGAUGUUGUUUUAAAAACGAUGAAGGCUUGAAUUCAA